AUGUUUGACUGUUUAUAUCUAUAUAAGGUUUGUUCAUAUCUAUCUCAGUCUGUUCAUAUCUAUCUAUCUAUCUCAGUCUGUUCAUAUCUAUCUAUCUAUCUCAGUCUGUUCAUAUCUAUCUAUCUAUCUCAGUCUGUUCAUAUGUAUCUAUCUAUCUCUCUCAUCAUUUAUCAUCAUCAUCAUUUACCUUCUUCUCUCAUACCAUCAUCAUCAUUUUUCUUCUCUUACCAUCAUCAUCAUCCUUCUCCACUAAUCAUCAUCAUUUUCCUUUGUCUCUCUUACCAUCAUCAUCAUCAUCAUCAUUUUUCUUCUCUCUUACCAUUGUUCUUUUUCUUUUCUCUCAUUAUCAUCAUUCCUCUCUCUCUCUUCCUCAAGAUUCUUAUCCCAUCAUUUAUUAUCAUCAUCAUUUUCCUGCUUCUCUCAUUCCUUCAUCAUCAUCAUUCUUCUUUUUCUCUCUUAUCAUCAUUCUUCUUUUUCUCUCAUUAUCAUCAUUCCUCUCUCAAGAUUCUUAUAAUUUAUCAUCAUCAUCUUCCUCAUAAUCAUUAUUCUUCACUCCUCAUAUCAUCAUCAUCAUCAUUCUUCUUCUAUAAUCAUCAUCAAUUUCCUUCUCUCUCAUCAUUGUCAUUUUUUUCUUUUCCCUCAUCAACAUCAUUCUUCUCUCUAUCAUCCUCGACAUUCUUUUCUCAGCAUCAUCAUCAUCCUCAUCAUUUUUUCUCUUCCAUCAUCAUCCCUAUCAUCAUGACGCUUCUACUUCACUCGCAUCAUCAUCAUCACUCUCUCAUCAUGAUCAUUCUUCUUCUUUCCCAUCAACAUUCUUUUUUUCUCUCAUCAUCAUCAUAA